UAAAAAAAAAACCUUCUUUUUCUCUUUAAUGGCGUGAUUUAUCUUCUCCUCUUGUAAAACAAUCGAGUCUUUCUCUCUAAAGAGUCUCUUUUAAAAUCUCGAGUUAAUUUUUCUUCCUUCUCUAACCAUGACGUUUCUUCCCGCCUUGUUCCUGUGGUUUCUCUUCUUCUCUGUUUCAGACACCGCCAUUGUUGAUCUAAGCUCAGAGACGAGUUCUCUGCUCUCCUUUAAGCUCUCACUCGAAAACCCAUCUCGCCUUUCUUCAUGGAACGUUUCGUCUUCCUCGUCGUCUCACUGCGAUUGGGUCGGCGUUACGUGUUUGUUCGGACGAGUCUACUCGCUCUCCUUACCGUCUCUGUCUCUCAAAGGCCAUCUCUCUCCAUCUCUCUUCACCCUCCGCUCUCUCUCCGUCCUAGACCUGUCGGAAAACUCACUCUCCGGCCAGAUUCCGAAGGAGAUUUCAACUUUGAAGAAUCUCAAAGAGCUUCGUCUAGCCGGAAAUCAAUUCUCCGGGAAGAUUCCGUCUGAGAUUUGGAAACUAAAACAGCUCCAAACCCUAGACCUCUCUGGAAACUCACUCACAGGACUUCUCCCGAGUCAACUCAGUGAGUUACAUCAGCUUCUCUACCUUGACCUAAGUGACAACCACUUCUCCGGUUCACUUCCUCCGUCGUUCUUCCUCAGCUUCCCUGCACUGUCUUCACUCGACGUCUCCAACAACUCACUCUCCGGCGAAAUCCCUCCAGAAAUCGGGAAAUUGAGUAACCUCUCUGACCUUUACAUGGGACUCAACUCAUUUUCCGGUCAAAUCCCGCCGGAGGUUGGUAACAUCUCGUUGCUGAAGAACUUUGGUGCACCUUCUUGCUUCUUCAAAGGACCGUUACCAAAGGAGAUUUCGAAGCUGAAACACUUAGCAAAGCUCGACCUUUCUUACAACCCACUCAAGUGUUCAAUCCCAAAAUCGUUUGGGGAGUUGCAGAAUCUGAGUAUAUUGAAUCUUGUCUCCGCGGAGCUUAUUGGAUUGAUCCCACCAGAGCUUGGUAAGUGUAAAAGCCUCAAGACACUGAUGCUUUCUUUCAAUUCUCUCUCUGGUUCUUUGCCAUUGGAGCUUUCAGAGAUUCCUCUGUUGACGUUUUCUGCUGAAAGGAAUCAGCUUUCGGGUUCAUUGCCUUCAUGGAUCGGCAAAUGGAAGGUACUGGACUCACUUCUGUUAGCUAACAAUCGGUUUUCAGGUGAAAUCCCUCGUGAGAUUGAGGAUUGUCCAAUGUUGAAGCAUCUCAGUCUAGCUAGCAACUUGUUAACUGGUUCGAUUCCUAGGGAGCUUUGUGGUUCAGGUUCUUUGGAGGAAAUUGAUCUCUCUGGGAAUUUGCUUUCGGGAACAAUUGAGGAGGUGUUCAAUGGUUGUUCGUCUCUUGUAGAGUUGGUUCUUACCAAUAAUCAGAUCAAUGGCUCUAUUCCUGAGGAUCUUUCAAAGCUUCCAUUGAUGGCAGUUGACUUGGAUUCCAACAACUUCACAGGUGAAAUCCCAAAGAGUCUCUGGAAAUCAACGAACUUGAUGGAGUUCUCAGCUUCUUAUAAUCGUCUAGAAGGUUAUUUGCCUGCAGAGAUUGGUAAUGCAGCUUCACUGACGCGGCUGGUUCUCAGUGAUAAUCAGUUAAAAGGUGAAAUCCCAAGAGAGAUUGGAAAACUCACAUCAUUGUCUGUCUUGAAUCUGAAUUCAAACAAGCUUCAAGGGAAGAUACCAAAGGAGCUCGGGGACUGUACUUGUUUGACUACAUUGGAUCUUGGCAACAACAAUCUUCAAGGACAGAUUCCAGACAGAAUCACUGGUCUUUCUCAGCUUCAAUGCCUGGUUCUCUCUUACAACAAUCUCUCAGGGUCAAUUCCAUCAAAACCCUCUGCUUAUUUCCAUCAGAUUGACAUGCCUGAUCUUAGCUUUCUUCAGCACCAUGGGAUAUUUGAUCUCUCCUACAAUAGAUUGUCUGGCUCUAUACCAGAAGAACUUGGCAACUGUGUGGUAUUGGUGGAGAUUUUACUGAGCAACAACCAUCUCUCUGGAGAGAUUCCAGCUUCACUCUCUCGUUUGACCAACCUCACAAUCCUGGAUCUAUCUGGAAAUGCGCUUACUGGAUCUAUUCCAAAGGAGAUGGGCCACUCUCUUAAGUUGCAGGGAUUAAACUUGGCGAAUAAUCAGCUCAAUGGCUAUAUACCAGAAAGCUUUGGUCUGUUAGAUAGCUUGGUGAAGCUAAACUUGACCAAGAACAAGCUGGAUGGAUCGGUUCCUGCUUCUCUUGGGAACUUGAAAGAGCUUACACACAUGGACUUGAGCUUUAACAACCUAAGUGGCGAGCUUUCAUCAGAACUGUCUACAAUGGUCAAACUUGUAGGCCUCUACAUUGAGCAGAAUAAGUUCACCGGAGAAAUACCUUCAGAACUUGGUAAUCUUACACAGCUGGAGUACCUUGAUGUUUCUGAGAACUUGCUAUCUGGAGAAAUCCCAACAAAGAUCUGUGGAUUGCCCAAUCUGGAGUUCUUGAAUCUAGCCAAGAACAAUCUGCGAGGAGAGGUGCCGAGUGAUGGUGUUUGCCAGGAUCCUUCCAAGGCAUUGCUUUCAGGGAACAAAGAGUUGUGUGGCAGAGUUAUUGGAUCAGAUUGCAAGAUCGAUGGAACUAAGUUGACUCAUGCUUGGGGGAUUGCAGGACUCAUGCUUGGCUUUACGAUUAUCGUCUUUGUGUUUGUUUUCUCUCUGCGCAGAUGGGUUAUAACAAAGAGAGUGAAGCAAAGAGAUGAUCCAGAGCGAAUGGAGGAAAGCAGGUUAAAAGGGUUUGUUGAUCAGAACCUGUAUUUCUUAAGUGGAAGCAGAUCAAGAGAGCCAUUAAGCAUCAAUAUAGCAAUGUUCGAGCAGCCGCUUUUGAAGGUGCGUUUAGGAGAUAUUGUCGAGGCUACAGAUCAUUUCUCUAAGAAGAACAUUAUAGGAGACGGUGGUUUUGGGACGGUUUACAAAGCUUGUUUACCAGGUGGGAAAACAGUAGCGGUGAAGAAGCUAAGUGAAGCCAAAACUCAGGGAAACCGGGAAUUCAUGGCAGAGAUGGAGACUCUAGGGAAAGUGAAGCAUCCGAAUCUUGUGUCUUUGCUUGGAUAUUGUUCUUUCAGUGAUGAGAAGCUUCUGGUAUAUGAGUAUAUGGUUAAUGGAAGCUUAGAUCACUGGUUAAGGAACCAAACUGGGAUGCUAGAGGUUCUGGACUGGUCAAAACGCCUCAAAAUCGCAGUUGGAGCUGCAAGAGGUCUAGCUUUCCUACAUCACGGUUUCAUCCCUCACAUUAUACAUAGGGACAUCAAAGCCAGCAACAUUCUCUUAGAUGGUGAUUUUGAGCCUAAGGUGGCUGAUUUCGGGCUAGCAAGACUAAUUAGUGCCUGUGAAUCCCAUGUUAGUACAGUCAUAGCAGGGACUUUCGGGUAUAUCCCACCGGAGUAUGGUCAGAGCGCAAGAGCCACUACCAAAGGAGAUGUCUACAGCUUUGGAGUGAUUCUGUUGGAACUAGUCACAGGGAAAGAGCCGACUGGUCCAGACUUCAAAGAGAGUGAAGGAGGAAACUUGGUUGGUUGGGUGACUCAGAAGAUUAACCAAGGGAAAGCGGUGGAUGUUCUUGACCCACUGCUUGUAUCUGUGGCCUUGAAGAACUCUCUGCUUCGUCUGCUUCAGAUUGCUAUGGUCUGCCUUGCUGAAACGCCAGCUAAUCGCCCAAACAUGCUUGAUGUGUUGAAGGCCCUCAAGGAUAUAUGAGCUGAUAACCUUAAAUGUUGUUCUUGUUUCUUGUUGUUUAAGUAACCUGUUAGUGCUAACCAAACAAUGGAGUUGUAGGGUUUGUAUUUGUAAUGUUAAUGUAACUCUGUGUUCUUAAGUUUCUUCUAAAUGUCGAACAAAGAAAAUUAGGUUUUCCAAA